AAAAGAUGUCCCCAGAUAGAGACAAGAAAAAAGAGCAGUCAGAUGUCUCUGUUUCUCCUAGAGCCUCAAAGCAUCAUUAUUCAAGGUCACGAUCGAGGUCAAGAGAAAGAAAACGAAAGUCAGCUUAAUAUUAGAGUAUUUCUGAAGCAAGAGGUUUGGAGUUUCAAAAUGCUCCACGUUCACUUUAAAGAAAAGAGAAUGGAACAGGACUGAUAAGCGGUGUAGAAAAUGUGACUGCUGUGCUCUUUAAAAAAAAAAUGGCAUUGUUACUGAAUGAAGAAGUUAAGUGAGAAGUACAAUAGUAUUUAACUUCAAAGUUGUAAUUUUCUCUUACAUGGGGUAUUUCAGUUUUUAUUUUUCUGAAUUAUUUAUUUCUAGUAAGCCCCUUGUUGAAUUUGUGACGAACUAGGAGACAAGAUAGGCUGGUUAGAAUGUUUUGUAAAGUGUUACAAAUCUGUGACUCCCUAAAAACAAUGUUGAUUCCUCAGGGAACUUUUUUGCUUACUUCCUGCUCUUUCCUGGAUUGUUCAGAUAGCUGCUUUAUUUCACAUAGUAUCGGAAAAUACUCCAACCCCGCCAUCCAAAAAGUCAUUGGACGAUGACCAGUAGAGGCUGUAGUUAGCUAAAUGAAGUGGAAAUUGUUCCUUAUAGAAGUAUUGGAAUUUGUUUGCUAAGGUGAGAUGUUCCUUUAUCUUUGCUUAUAGUGAAUUUUUUUGUGUAUUUACAGAAAAUGAAGGAAGAAAACACAGGAGCCGGAGCAGAAGCAAAGAGCGUGCUAAUGCGCGAAGAGACUGAACUGAAGACGCUGCAGACUCAGAUAGCAAAAUAAUAAGCCUACUUCAUGAUAAGAACCAACUUCUUCUUAAAACAGGCAAGAAGACAUGAAUCCAAAGAUAAAUCCUCUAAGAAACACAAGUCUGAGGAACAUAAUGACAAAGAACAUUCUUCUGAUAAGGGAAGAGAGCGACUUAAUUCAUCUGAAAAUGGUGAGGACAGGCACAAACGCAAAGAAAGGAAGUCAUCAAGAGGCAGAAGUCACUCCAGAUCUAGAUCCCGUGAAAGGCGCCAUCGUAGUAGAAGCAGGGAGCGGAAGAAGUCUCGGUCCAGAAGCAGAGAGAGAAAGAAAUCACGAUCCAGAAGCAGGGAGAGGAAACGGCGGGUCAGAUCUCGUUCCUGCUCAAGAUCAAGACACCGGCAUAGGAGUAGAAGCAGAAGUAGGACAAGGAGUAGAAGUCGAGAUAGAAAGAAGAGAAUUGAGAAACCAAGAAGAUUUAGCAGAAGUUUAAGCCGGACUCCUAGUCCACCUCCCUUUAGAGGCAGAAACACAGCAAUGGAUGCACAAGAAGCUUUAGCUAGGAGGUUGGAAAGGGCAAAGAAAUUACAAGAACAACGAGAAAAGGAAAUGGUUGAAAAACAAAAACAACAAGAAAUGGCUGCAGCAGCUGCAGCUACUGGAGGUUCUGUUCUCAAUGUUGCUGCCCUGUUGGCAUCAGGAACACAAGUAACUCCUCAGAUAGCUAUGGCAGCUCAAAUGGCAGCCUUGCAAGCUAAAGCUUUGGCAGAGACUGGAAUAGCUGUACCUAGCUAUUAUAAUCCAGCAGCUGUGAACCCAAUGAAAUUUGCUGAACAAGAGAAAAAAAGGAAAAUGCUUUGGCAAGGCAAGAAAGAAGGGGACAAAUCCCAGUCUGCUGAAAUCUGGGAAAAACUGAAUUUUGGGAAUAAGGACCAAAAUGUCAAAUUUAGGAAAUUAAUGGGUAUUAAGAGUGAAGAUGAAGCUGGAUGUAGCUCAGUCGAUGAAGAAAGUUACAAGACUUUGAAGCAGCAGGAAGAAGUAUUUAGAAAUCUUGAUGCUCAGUAUGAAAUGGCAAGAUCACAAACUCACACACAAAGAGGAAUGGGAUUGGGUUUCACAUCUUCAAUGCGAGGAAUGGAUGCAGUUUGAAAAAGAUCACGCUUGUAAAAGUUUGGGACUUUAUAGACUUUUCUUGUUCUGAUGUCAGGUCCUUGUUCACCAACAGCUAGCAUUCUAGCUUGCAUGGGUGUUGCAUUGACUUUAAUUUAUUGAAAAAUACAAUUUUUUGUAAAUAUCAGAUCAGUGAUACUGGUGUUAGUGUUGUAAUCAGGUUAAACCCACUUCAAUUAAACUUGACAGGACUACAGAAGGACAAUAUUUUUUAGUUGAUGAAUUCUACUUUUCAAAUAUAUAAAAGCCGCAGGUGGGAUAAAAAUCUCAUACAUGGGUUUUUUGUGUCCGCUGUCUUGUGUACUUUUGUACUUAACCUUGUACAGUUAUUUUCAUCUCUUGAAACAUGAAAGAAAUGUUAUGUAGAUGUUCUUUAGACGAUCUGGCCAUUUGGUACAUAAUCCAGCACAAGUGAGCUGGGUGGUGAUGAUAAUAAAAAUGGUUUUCUCAAAACUGGUGUUAAUGUAAAUUACCUAAAAUUCUUGUUUGGAUUUGUUUUAUGGUUUCUGUAGCAUUUUGCAAUUGCUAUUAGAAAAUACUGACUAGAAAUACCCCCCUCCUUUUUUUAAGAACAAUUAACUAUGCUAUAGGCAAUACCAUAGUGAGCAAAAAUGUACAAGGAAUGUGAAAAGAACAAGCAAAAGAAAGCUAUUGAAAUACUGUUUUCCUACUAUCAUAAGGGACAGAAUUGGUGUACAGUAUUUGUUAACUAUUCCAUGUUAUUCAAGAAAUAGAUGAAUGCAUUAAAGGGAUGUGUAAGCACUUUUAUUUUAAUAAAGUGCCUUAUAACAAGUCCUUCGUAUGCACUUUGCUCAUUAUCCCAUUGAAGUCUUCUCCUGCAUAAUAAAGUAGCCUGAAACGCUAAAACAAGCAAACUACGUUGUCACUAAAUUGAAGAUAUGAUAUAAAUUUGGUGGUGAGGGGAAACUACGAAAUUGGUAAUUACUUUCAUUACAACAGUCAUAAUUUUUUUCUUCAUGUUCUUGCCUAAAGAAAAGCAAUUAUAAGUGUAUCUCACUGGUAUAAGUACAUUCCAAAUAAUGAAUAGUACAGUUUUUCUAUGCAUACAACACAAUUUACCCAUUAGCAUUCCCUAGAAAAAUCCUUUGAAAACAUCUCCAUAAUGUAGAAUAAUACAAGGGACGACUGCUUAUAGAGACAAAACUUAGACCCUGAUUUUAAGAACUGGAUGACAGUCUUACCAUCUUGCUUGUUAGCUACGUCUUUGUGAUACAUGAAAAUCAAGUGAUUAUAAGAUAUUUAACGUAUUUUGGUAAAUGUUUAAAAUUAAUUUUCCCAGAGCACAGUAAUUCUCUGGAAAAAUCCAUGCUUCAGUGACGAAGCCAAGAUUUCUGGGGAAAUGACACUAUGGGUCAUUUGGGGUCACCACAAAUUCAUUUUUCAGUUGAGGUCCACCUGAAAAUCCAUUGAAAUAUUUCAUGGAUCUGCAAGUCACUGUGGGUGCAAAAUUGUACAUUAACUGCUACUGAUGUUUCUAGAAUAUUAUAGGAGCUGGCCACACAUAAAAUGAAUAGUAUGGUCUCUCAUGUUCAUCUAGGGUAGCACUGCCGAUAAAAAUACAGAAAAAUGUAAGCCACAUGAUUUAGUAGCCAAAUUUUAAAAAUGAAAAGUGCUGAAGUUUAGUCAACA